AUUGAGUUUUAAUCAUAAUUGACUAUGUCGAAACAAUGUUACUUAGACAAGAUCGAUUAGUUUUUUUUUUGGUUAUGAAUAAAACAUUGAUUCUAAUAUCCUAGUACUCAUGUUGGAGUUACCUAAACAUGCAGUCUAAUCUAGAGCACCAGUUCACCUGAAUGCACCAUGUUGCCAAAGCGCAGCCGUAAAACGCUGUGUAAAAGCGCAAUUGUCAAACUAGUGGGGAAAUUAUAUUUCAAAAAGUUUGAAUUAAUGUUUUUGUCUAAAAAUUUAGCGUGUAAAAACAGUUUUAGAUUUUGCACUAAUAUAGAAAAUGUCAUAGUAUAUGGAAACACAAUGAAAUAAAUACGUAGGAGAAAAUUAUUAUCAGUGCACCGGCGAUUAUAAGGAUGCAGCUCCUUUAAACUACCGGUCUUCUUCUUCUUGUUUCCUAUUGGCUGGAUAAUUUAAGAGUCUCACCAAUCGUGUUGGACAUUGAGAAACAAACAGGAAGUUAGAUAAUUAUUGAAGUUAUUUGCGACGAAGCAGUAGUUUAAAUUUUAAUGGACUGUCAUAUUUUACUCUGUAGCUUACCUUGUUAUCUCAUCAUUGGACUGUAGAAGUUUUAAGUGCAUUGCUUUUGAGUGAUUUCUCGUGUUAUUUACUAUAGUAAAGUUGAUCCACGCUGCAGGAAUAUGGAGCUGAAAGAUGUGGAAAAGUGCUGCUGUGUGAUUAAAGUUGCUGGGACACCAGGGAGGAAAUCCGUCAGCUGCAGUGGAGUAAUCGUCCACCCUCGGUCUGGUACUGUCUUAUGCACCGGCCUCCCGUUUUGCCGGUUUGUUUCCGACAGAGAGCGCCUCUCAGACGCCGAGGUCCUGUUUCCCCGCAGCUUCAGCGACAAACUAAAAAUCCGCGUCUGCUUGUCAGGUUCCAGAAGGAGCAAGCCAUCCCGUCAGCGGGAGGUUUCAGGCGAGCUGCUGAUGCUGGUGAACUGCGUGGAGUUCAAACAGACCUUCCUGGGAGUUUUCCAGGAGACAGACCAGUGGCGUUUCCAUGGUGACGAUGAGGAUGCUGAGCUGAUCAGAGAUGCCCAGUCCCUCAGCUGGUUUGCAGUCCUCAGGGCGGGUGUGGUGGUGAACAACAACACAGACACAGAAAGUACCCCCUGGCAGAGCAGCUCGUCUCUGCAGAAAGGCUGCCCGGUUGUUGCAUGCGGCUCUCCGUUUGGCUCCCUCUGCUUAGACCUUUUCAUCAGCACCCUCAGCCGAGGGAUUGUCAGCAACCUGGCUGGAGAAGACAAUGCUGUCAUCCUCACAGACGCUCGCUGCCUACCCGGCACAGAGGGCGGAGGCUUGUUUGUGGUGGAGGCCACAGACAGUGUCCGUCUCAUCGGUGUGAUUGUGUCUCCAUUUGGCUGGAAGUCAAAUGAGUGGAUAGGCCUCACUUUGGUCUGCUCUGUUGACGUGAUCUUCAGGAGUGUCGUCCGUUCCACAGGGGUCCGAGAUCCGCUUCGUGGGGUUUGGGGGCAAAAAGAAGAGGCAGAUCUCUGCAUGUCCAGAACAGCUCAGGGGCCAGAAGCUGUUGGACACCCCACUGUGAGCUUUGUGGACAGUGGACAGGCCUGGGGCUCAGGAGUUGCUGUCAGCGCACGGCUGGUGGUAACUUGCCGGCAUGUAGUAGGUGGGAAGUCUUCGGUCACCCUGAAGUUUCAUCAAGAUGGCAGAGUCCAAGAUGUUGUGGGCAAUGUUUUGUUCUCCACUAAAUCAUCUUCACCAUAUGAUUUGGCUUUAAUUGAGCUUAGAGACCCCGUUCCAGAAGCCGUGAUCCCCAGAAUGUCAAAAAGUUUUCACCUAGGUGAAGCUGUGGUUGUAGUGGGAUACGGCGGGCUGGGCCGAGUCUGCGGUCCAUCCCUGACAUCUGGUGUACUCUCCAAGGCCAUCAGCUUGAAUGGCCAGCCUGUCAUGCUCCAGACCACAUGCGCAGUACAGGCGGGAGCCAGCGGGGGCGCUGUGGUGCGGAAACAGUCGGGAGAGCUGCUUGGGAUCGUGUCGAGCAAUGCGCGAGACCUGGCUGCGAGCGUAACAUAUCCGCACCUCAACUUCAUCAUCCCAGCGCCUGUUUUCCAGAGACCGCUGCAGGAGUUUCAAAAGACAAGAAAUGUCGACGUGUUCAGUGUGCUGAACGCUACAGAGAGGGACGUGAGACGGGUGUGGAGGCUGCAAGGUGCACAAAGCAAACUGUGACCUGCGAUUCAUAAACCUUUGAGAGGUUAUGUGUUCCCCUUAAAUUCUUUUAAACAGACUUAAUAGACAUGUAAAGGCAUUAUUUUCACUAAAUCGUCACAGAAUCAUUAGAAUAUUAGAAAGAUGAUGUUAAUAUAUUGUAAUUCCCAUGUAUUCUUUUAUUCAAUUUGACUACAAUAAACCUUGUAUUUUAACUGAGUUUACGGUUGCACGCACUUUCUAAAUGAUCCCUAUUAUAACAGCUGUAUUACACAGUUUCGCACAUCUGUAUCAAAGGAUGCCACAUUUAUUGACAUCCCUGACAAAGAUGUGUGAAAAACCCUAAUUUAAAUGUUUCUUUUACUGCAGUCGCCUAAUCUCAUAAGAGAACAUCUAGAAAUGAACCUUUAAUCUGAUUUAAUCAUCAAAGGAAAAUAAAUCGUGACAUAAUUUUAAUUACACAUACCUUUGAACCAGGCAGCUGUAAAAUAGGUGCCAAUAUGUUAGAAGAAGCUGCAUUUGAUCCCCUCUUAUUCUACAGUUACAGCAUCAAGGGUCCUAUUUCUGGAAGCAUUUGUGAGGAUUUAAAUCUGCUUCUGGUGCAUGAGGUUUAUUUUUUAUCUUUUUUUUUUACAAGCAGGAGGAAGAUUCAGCAUAACAAGCUGGCAGGUUGCAGAAAAUGAUUGGUCCCUCUGGGUAGCUCGAGACGGCUGCUGUGUGUAUAUAUCAGGUAUUCAGACAUCUGUUGGCAGGAACAUUCACUCACAUCGGAGGUUUCGCCCGAUGGGACGUUACCGGUGCUGAUUUCCAUUAUCACAGAAAUAUGAAACUGUGAGAUGACAUUUCCAAAGAUUGGUUACUGUCAGUUUUCACAAUGCAACGGCGGCAGACGUUCCUGGCGUGAACUCUCGAAGACAAGGAGCGUAGCAUACCGAAGGGGUUUCUGUUUCACUGUUCCCAGAGUAAAUCGUUAACAGAGGAGAGGCUUAAGCAGUGUCCUUAGGAAACGCAUUUUUCUGUAGGUAUUGUACUUUUAAGAGCUGCUCACAUGCAGACCGAGGUCUAUAUCCAAUUUCUACCAGUUUCUCUUACAAGCCACGUUUCACACAACGAGGGAAGGCAUAAGGAACGUAAGCCGGCAACCACAUUGUGUCAACACAAUCCGCUUCACAGCGAACAGGUCACACAAAGAGGAGAUUUAGAGAUUUGCGCUGGUGAUUUUUCAAAUUGAGCUUCAAGAGGGGGCACUACGUGACAUAUUGUGGGAGAUAUUCUCGAUUUUCAUGUCACUAGAAUAAUCUUAUCUGAGCAACGUUGCUGAAAAAAAAUGUGCUCCUCUGAAAUAUUCCUGAACUGAACCAGAAUAAUACCACUUGUAAAAGCAGCAGAAUUUGGUACAUUUAGUAGUUUAAGGCAAACAAAUGGGUAAAAAAAAAAAAA